AUGAAUAUCUUAGCCUUGCACGGAGUCGGCUCGUCUGCCGCAAUGCUCAAGGAGCAGCUGGCCGCGCUGGCUGCAGAGCUGGGGCCGCAUUACCACUUCACCUUCUACGAUGGCACAGUGCCAUGCAUGCCAGUUUGGUCUCCAGGUCCAUUCUAUUCAUACGUCACAGGGUACGCUCCCGGUGAAGUUUCCAGCGCCCUCGAUGACCUGGACCACUUCAUUGAGCAAAACGGUCCAUUUGACGGCAUCUUGGGCUUCAGCCAGGGUGCCUCAAUCGCCGCUACUUACAUACUAGACUACCAACUCAGAAGGCCUGAAGAACAACCACCUUUCAACUUUGCAGUCCUCCUUUCAUCCGUUGGAGCGUGCUCCCCUGACAAGAGUUGCAAUGAGGAGAUCGUCCACAGCUUUCUCUCCAAUGCGGAUCCCCAGUUCAAGAAAGGCUUUCCCCAGUGCGACUUCAAGGCACUCGACACUGCGGAAAGGACGUUUGCCGAGUACCUAGCCAUGUGUCAUAUCGCCAUCAAGACGAUCGGGAUCAAGCGGCCGUCCAUCCCGCUCGAUUUCUUUGAAGGCAACGACUCGGAUUCUGUUCCCCGGCUGCUACAUCCAGCGCUGAUCAAGGACCGCAUCAGCAUCCCCACGGUGCAUGUCACGGGCAAGAAGGAUCUGGAGUCCAUGGUCAAGCAGUCCCUUGUCGUACAGGGCCUGUGUGACGAAAGUGUCACACGAUCACAUAGGCACACAGGUGGGCAUGCCGUACCUUCAAAAAGGUCGGAAGUGAAAGCUGUUGCGACGUCUAUAGAAUGGGCUGCAGAACAAGGGAACCACAUGAGCGCGGUUAAUCAGGCGGGACGGUUGAUGUUAUGA